AUGUCAGAUGUCACUGAGUCUUCUUCUUCUACUCUUAUUGUGACGGUUCAUACCGAAUCGUCCACCAACCUACCUAUGGGAUUUAAAUUGAAUGGAUCUAACUAUGAGAUAUGGGCUUCGAUGUUCGAACUCCAUGCUACUACACAAGGAAAAUUGGGUUACCUGACUGGGAAGUGGAAAAUUGCUGAUGCUAUUGCUACCCGUCUCAAGCAAGAGGGUCGUCUUAUCUCUACCUGUUUUGCCGAACUUAAGGCAAUCUGGCUUGAAUUGGACAAGAGACAUCCUUUUCAUAUGAAGUGUGUUGAUGAUAUGAAGACUUUUCAGGCUGCUGUUAUGGCAGAUCGUGUGUAUGAUUUUUUGGCUGGCCUUGACGAUACUUAUGACAAGCGUACAGGGUCUGGCUCUUCUGUUGUUCCGCCUCGUCGCCUGACUUCUGCAGAAAAAAACAAACUGAAGUGUGAUCACUGUGGUGAAAAGAGACAUACCAUCGACACCUACUGGUCAUUACAUGGGGUACUAGAUUGGGAGAAGGAGCAGAGGCGUUUAAUAAAGGAACAAUUGGAUAGCAAAGCUCAUGUGGCUGUUGCCCCCACUUAUGUGGCUGACCACCUUACUGCUACUCCUCCUCCGACUUUGACCGCCGUCUCAAGCACUCCAACACCUUCGCCUCCAAGUAACUUUGGCAAGGCUUUCCAUGCCCAUGAUACCCGAGAUACAGGUUGGAUUAUUGAUUCAGGAGCUACUGACCAUAUGACAUAUAAUUCUGCUUACUCUCUACUACUCUUCCGCCUCAUCGAUAUCCAGACUUGGGAGAUCUUUGGUCGUGGUACUAAAAAAGGGGGGCUUUAUUAUGUGGAUGAUGUGGCAACUAGUCGGGUUCUUUGUGCUGGUAGCACCGAAACUUCUCAGCAUCGCCGGAUUUGGUUGCUACAUUACCGAUUUGGUCAUGCCUCAUUUGGAUAUUUACAGCAUUUGUUUCCUGCAUUAUUUAGUGGUGUUAACGAGUCUGAUUUCCAAUGUGAGACUUGUAUUUUAGCUAAGAGUCAUCGGGUAUCCUACCCUCCAAGUUGUAAUAAACGGCUUAUGCCAUUUGAUUUAGUUCAUUCUGAUGUUUGGGGACCUUCCCCAGUUUCUACAGCCUUGGGAAAUGGGGUUGCUGAACAUAAAAAUGGGCUAAUCCUUACUGCUGCCCAUGCUCUGCUGCUUGGUGCGUCAGUUCCAAAGCGGUUCUGGAUGGAUGUUGUUACCUAUGCAGUCUAUCUCUUAAAUCGUCUACCUUCACAAGUUUUGGAUUUCCAAACUCCUAUGCAGGUACUGACCCAUCAUAUCUCUACCUCUUCUAUGUUGACUCUAUCUCCAAAGGUGUUUGGUUGUGUCGUCUAUGUUCACCUCCAUCAGAAUCAGAGCAGUAAGCUGGACCCAUGUGCUCUCCGUUGUGUCUUUCUGGGUUUCUCUCCUCAUCAAAAAGGUUACCGAUGCUAUCAUCCUACAACCCAACGUCUAUAUGUCUCUAUGGACGUUACCUUUGUUGAGGAUCAAAUGUUCUUCUCUAAUACACCCGAGCAUGUCCUUCAGGGGGAGACUAGUAGUGAAGGACAUAACUGGCUAGAUUUACAAGGGGGAGUAGUAUUGGAUAGUUUGAUACAAAGGGAAGAACUGACCGAACCUGCUGAACCUGCUACACCGGCCGAAUCUGCUACACUAGUUGAACCUGCUAUUUUAACUGAUGUCACUACUGUCAUUGAAUCGAUUGCCCCCCAUGAAGCUUCUCUAAUAGUACCCGAUCAAGCUCCCCUGGAUAUUCUUGAGGUAAGUGCUUCUAUUCAUACUUCUGAUAAUUCUUAUGUUUUACCGCCUAGACGGAAUCGUGGGGUUCCACCUGAUUGUUACUCACCAAAAGGCAAAGCGAGAUAUGCUAUUGCCCAUUAUGUGUCUGAUCACAGGUUAUCUCCUGAGUGCAAAGCGUUUGUGACCAGAAUGGAUAAUUUUAAAAUUCCGACCCGUGUUGAGGAGGCAUUUAAUGAUCCAAAUUGGGCUGAAGCCAUGAAUAUUGAAAUGGAGGCGUUGCAAAAAAAUAAUACAUGGGACAUUGUUGAUCUACCAAAGGGAACGAAGCCUGUAGGAUGCAGAUGGGUGUUUACAUUUAAAUAUAAUGCAGAUGGUACUGUGGAGAGGUACAAGGCAAGAUUAGUAGCUAAAGGGUUCACUCAGACAUAUGGAGUUGAUUAUCAUGAUACUUUUGCACCUGUGGCUAAGAUGAAUACUGUCAGAGUUUUGUUGUCCUCUUGGAUUGGAACCUGA